GAAAUACAAUUUAUCUCUGGGAGUUCUUACUAGCACUGCUCCAGGACAAAGCUACGUGUCCUAAAUAUAUCAAAUGGACUCAAAGAGAGAAGGGCAUUUUCAAACUGGUAGAUUCCAAGGCUGUGUCCAGGUUGUGGGGAAAACACAAAAACAAGCCUGACAUGAAUUACGAAACAAUGGGUAGAGCUCUCAGAUACUAUUACCAAAGAGGAAUACUGGCUAAAGUAGAAGGUCAGCGCCUAGUAUAUCAGUUUAAAGAAAUGCCAAAAGAUCUCGUCUAUAUAGAUGACGAAGAUGCAAGCCCUAGCACUGAAUCAUCGGAUUCAGCUCUGCUUUCAACUCCUGUGGCCAACAGAAACCAGUCGAGCAGAUCUAGAGCUUCUGCAAAUGCAGGAACAAAGGGAGGAUCAACCACAGUGCUAAAAACAGGAAACUCAAAGCCUGCUAAGCUGAAGGAGCAUGUAGAAGUUGUGCAGCAGCAGACACCUGGCUUGACUUCAGAAGUUUUGAGGACAAUGCAAUCUCCGCAGCCAGUACAUCCCACUCAGCUUUUUCGGACAGUUCAUGUAAUGCAGCCAUUGCAGUCCCUCACAGAAGGACAUGCAGCUGUAACCAGUAAUGUUCCGGAUGAAACAUUAAAUCCCUCGGUUCAGAAUAUAAGGACUUUACAGACUCCAACCCAAGUUCCAGUGGUUGUUUCUCCUGGAAAUCAGCAGCUGCAUACUGUGACACUCCAGACAGUGCCUCUUACUACAGUGAUAGCCAGCACAGAUCCAGCCUCAGCAACAACGCCCCAAAAAUUCAUUUUACAAGCCAUUCCGACUUCACAACCCAUGACGGUUCUUAAGGAAAACGUCAUGCUACAGCCUCAGAAGCCAGUCUCGCCCCCUUCCUCAAUUGUGCUGAGCCCAGCACAAGUUAAGCAGGUGCUCACCAGCAGCGUGCAGACAAUUUGCAAUGGAACAGUCAACAUGGCUUCAUCUCCAUCCUUCAGUGCCACUACCCCCGUGGUGACGUUUUCGCCUAGCAGCUCGCAGGUGGUAGCUCAUCCAUCGGGCACAGUGAUCACUUCGGUUAUAAAAGCACCAGAAACGAAACAGAUUGGCGUACAAGGAGUGGUAAAAGAAGAUGACAGUGACAAACUAGAGGAUACCGAGCAGUCGGAGCAGAGAUUCCAGCAGCAGCCAUUUGUGAUGGUAGUGUCCAGUUCGAAUGGUUUCCCAUCUAACGUGCAAGUGAAGCAAGAAAACGAGCCAUUGGAACCCAAUUCAUAUUAAUAUUUUUUUUUUUUUAAAAAAAAAAAGACCCUGUGGAUGAUUAUUUUCAUAAAUGUGAUGGGACCUUUUCAGUUAUGUAUAUAUGAUUUGAUUCUGAAGCAAGAUGUUGCAAAGCUACUUAAUUUCUGCAGUUAAUUGUUAGAAUUCAGGCUUUAGAAUGGAUUUUGAUUUUCUGUUAAUUGCUAAAUGUUACCAUAUAAAUAAAAUCAUAUCUUACUCAUGUUUCAGAAUACAGGCAUGAAGGAACAUGCUUUUUACGCUAUGAAGACUUUCUCCCGAGGUUGUUGGCCAAAGUUUCAAACUUCUUUCUUACUGUGCGUUCUCAGUCUGUUGCCGAUUUACAUUGCAGUAAUGUUAUUGUAACCUUUUUUGUUUAAUCUGUACAUGUAUCACUUAACUUUUGAAACAACAGUUACUUUUAGUGGGACAUUGUCAUUCCAUGUGUAGUUUUUAUGAUCAAGUAUCUGUUUUCAAACUGGUGAAUUACACCAGUUUUAGCCUUUGAUAACCAGGUAUCCUCUUGCAUUUUUUGCAGCACAAGCUCUUGUGUGUGCAAAAUGGAAUAUACACUCCUAUUGAGAGUACACAAAACAUUUAUUCCAGUAAUGGACAAUGCCAUGUCUAUAUUUUGUAUGAAAACAUCAGAUAUAUUUAAUUACAGGAGCUAACAGCAUCACUACAGGUGCAAACGUUUCAUGCCAUUUUGCGACUAUGAAGCUUAACAAUCUUGCUUCCUACUUCAGAUUAUUUUGUAAGGGGGGAGGGAAAUUAAAUAUAUACAAUUUAUGCAGGUAUUUGGAGAUUAAUACUGCUAAGAGUUCUUUUUUUUUGAUUGUAAAUAAUGUACAUUCUAUGUCACAGGGAAGUUUUUUCAGCUAAUUUGUUUCCAUACAAAUUUUUGAUAGAUGCAGAUAAGAUCAUUAUGUUUAGAGUUCUAAUGUUAUAUGUAUUCAUAUUACAGAGUGAAUUUGUAUUUAAAGACAAAUUUUUAAAUGAUGGAGCCCUCUGAACCUUGGGUCCUUGUCUUUUGUAUUUUUAAUUGGUUUAUUAUGAAAAUAAAUCAAGUGGAAAAACA